AUGGAGUCCUCAGGUACGGAAGAGUACACAGGGACAGAAAAGGAAGAGAAAAAGAUGCUGGAUGACAGAAUUUUGAAGAAAUUCAAAGAAACAACAGUAAAACGACCAGACGGUUAUUAUGUCCGGUUGCCAUGGAAGGAAGCUCAUGAGCACCUUCCAGACAAUAAGUCCAUUGCAGUGGCAAGACUUAAGGCACUCUUAAAACAGUACGAAGAUCGCAAAGACUUCUUGCAAGAGCUUCAACAGAUCUUCAAGGAACAGUUAGAAAAAGGAAUAAUUGAAGAAGUGACAAAAGAAAUGGACAGAUACAAGUCCAAAAGCAACGUCAUCCAUUAUCUAGCAUAUCAAGUAGUAAUGACCCCAGGAAAAAGAACCACUCCUAAGCGGAUAGUUUUUGACGCUUCGGCUCAUUAUAAAGGGAAGCCGUCGCUGAAUGAGGUGCCCACUCAUCAUGCCGAAUAUUUGCGGAAUGCUGAUGAGAUUUCGAAUUGGAAAUAUAGCCAUUACAGCCGAUAUUGA